UUGGAAGCGAUCCAGAUUUCUGCAGCGGUGUUAGAAUUUGAAGUCUUUGUUCAGGUGUUCUUUCGACGUCAUUGUGUUGUUGCUCAAUUCUUGAAAGAAUUCACGGAAUUCGACUACGUUCUCUUCAUAGACUCCGAUAUAGGAGUAGUAAAUCCGAAGAGGCGAAUCGAGGAAUUCAUUGAUCCGAAAAUGGAAAUAAUAUUCUAUGAUCGCUUUUUCAACUGGGAGGUUAUGGCUGGAUCAUAUUUAGUGAGAGAUUCGAAAUGGUCACAGACCUUUCUUAAAGGAAAGUUUUUUAUGCAUAGGGCAUAUCUGGCUGAAUUGAUCAUGCCAGCGAAUAAUGUGGAACUGCCUGUCUGUCUUAGCAUUUACAACAAUUCGAAAGGAUUUCCCGAUUUGUUCUUGUAUGAAGCCUGUAUUCGAAACGCAUUAGGCAGCAACACCACAUUCGGGAAGAUUAAAAUACUUCCGAAGGGUACAGGAUGGGCUCGUGACAACUGGAUGACGAACAGUAAAUGGAAUAAAGAUCGUGACUUUAUGAUUCACAACUGGAAAAAUGAACAGUUGAGAGCUUAUUCCAAAAUUCCACUUCCACUGUCAUCAGAAUCGGGUUCGAAGUGGUACAAUCCCACCGUUGGACCUGUUGAGCUCUCCCUUUGUACACCUGGGUAA